AUGACCAAGAUCUUCCUUACCGGCGCUACAGGCUACAUUGGCGGUGAUGUCCUACACACGCUGUUGAAGUCGCACCCAGAAUACAAAGUUCGAGCCUUGGUUCGUGAUGCUUCGAAAGGAGCGGCGAUAACCAAGAGCUAUAGCCAGGUGCAGCUCGUUACUGGCGGACUUGACGACGCAGAUGUUAUUGCACAGGAAGCCCAGGAUGCUGACGUUGUGCUCCAUCUCGCGGCCACCGGCCACUUGAAGAGUGUCCAGACCAUCUACGAAACCCUCUCGAAAAGGCCCGCAAGCUCGAAGCCUCCAUACUACAUCCAAAUCUCAGGCGCGAGCACGUUGGCGGCUGGUGAGCUGGCCGACAAGUCGCGAGUCUUUGGCACAGGCAGUGAUGUCAUCUACAAUGAUCUGACUGGCAUCGACUCAAUCAAGUCGCUCAUCAAGCAAUACCCAAGCCGCGCAGUAGAUAACUACAUCUUUUCCGUUUCGGAGCAAAACUCGAAUGUAAAGACGGCGCUGGUUGUUCCUCCCAUUAUUUAUGGCCAAGGUCGUGGACCGGGCAAUCAGCGCAGUAUGCAAAUUCCCGGGCUCGCCAAAGCGACGUUGGAGCGCAAGAAGGGUCUCCAAGUUGGCUCUGGUGAAAGUCGAUGGGGGAACAUCCACAUCGCCGAUCUAAGUCGCAUCUUUCUCAGCUUGGUUGAGAAGGCGGUUGAGGGCAAUCAAGAUGAGAACAUCUGGGGAGCCAAUGGCCUCUUUUUCACUGGUGCUGGAGAAUUGUCAUUUGCCGAGAUCUCACGUCGCAUCGCUGUCGCUGCAAACGACUUUAAUCUCAUUCCGACCGCAGAAGUCGACAAUCUCGAUGCAAAGGAAAUAGACAGCAUCAUUCCCCAUGGCUCUGUCCUGUUAGGAACAAACGCGCGCGCUGGAGCUGAUCGGGCUCGAAAGGUCCUCGGCUGGGAACCAGAAAAUGAAAGCUUGGAGGAGCAUAUCCCGACCACGGUAAUUCAGGAGGCCGAGGCACUUGGUAUUAAGGAUGCCGCCCAGAAGCGCGUCCGCGGGGGAAACCCUCUCCAUUUUCUUUCCGUACUUGAGGAUUCGAUGCAUUUCGAUUGCACCCCUGAUUAUGAAGUGACCCUUGGGUGUCGUCAGUGGUGGGAGGAUAAUGGUCCUUGGCUUGAUACCUACAAGGAGGCCCUCGACAUCCCCGACAAAGGCUGGAAGAUGAGAGAGGAGGUUAUGAAGCAGGAUGAUAAUGUUCCUGAUGACGAAGGUGCUGAUGAUUGGGACGUUAUAUGUAUGCCUAUUCCGGGGGAUGAGGAGAAUGACAAAACUCCUUCCGGGAAGCUUGCAUCACUUCACCCCAACUGGCCCUGGGUCUUCACCAUGCGUGGUGUAGAUCGCUUUAAGUGGUGGCGGCAAGAAUGUCGCAAGCGCUUUCACGGCUUCAACUUGAUUAGCCCUUACGGUGCGCUUGAGGCAUUUGAGAACAUGAUAGCACAUUUUGACUCUGUCUUCCAGCCUAACUGCAAUUAUCGUGAUUUCUGGCCUGAAGUUGAAGGCCUUGCUCUAACUCUAUUGCACGAUCAGCAUGUCUUCAAUAUCACCGGACUUUAUGAUUCAAGGCAUGCGAGGGACGAGAUCGUGGGCAGCCUAGUCCUCGCUACCAUUGACGCUCUGAAAAGGCAAGAUGUAUUCAAGCCCAACUCAGAGAUCCGCAAUCUCGGUUCGGUACUGCUCGCAUUUAUCCAUUGGAGGCUCGACAUGUUCUAUUCGUCCAUCGUCUUUUUCAACAUCUACGAAGAGAGCUUGUCUUGGAUAUGUAAGGUCGUUGACCUUGCUGAAGAAGCCGAUAUAGAACUUUCAGCUCCCUACCACUUUGAUAUCGAUUAUAGAAAGUUAAAAAACCUUCAAGGUAUCCCGACUGGGUGGAGGGACAAGUGGGAGAAUGUCGACUGGCAAAGCCGGCUCAGAGACUAUAAGCAUGAGAAGGGAUCUGACAUCCUCGGAGGGCAUGAGUUUGAUAUUACUACAAUGACUGAGGUUGAGCGAUUCAAACAGGAACAUAAAUUGAUACGCGAAGGUCAGAACUGA